AUGAAGCCGCGGCAUGUAAUGUCAAUCAACACAGGAGCCAGCUUGACCCGGGACCCCACCAGCACCAACUAUGAGGAGGGCGGUAGCGGCGCCUCCUUCAUCCUGGGCCGCGCCGCCAGCUACGCCGCCCUCGCCGCCUCCACCGUCACCAACGUCGGCCUGACAGUCGUCACCGGCGACAUCGGCGUCUACGCCGGCAACCAGGUGACCGGGUUCAACCCGCCCGGCGUCUUCACGGGCGCCCUCCAUGCCGGCGACACCUACGCUCAGCUGGCCCAGCUCAACCUCCUCGGCUCCUACAAUCUGCUGGCCGGCCUCCCCUGCAACGUCGAGCUCACAGACACCAACCUGGGCGGCCUCGUGCUUGCCCCUGGAGUCUACCGCUUCGCCAGCUCGGCUGUGAUGAGCAACGUGGCGCUCACCCUCGAGGGUACCCUGAGCCCCAGCGACGCCUGGCUCUUCCAGGUGGGGUCGUCGCUCAUCACCGACCCCCUGGCUUCGGUCACCCUCACCCGCGGGGCCCGCAGCAGCAACUUCUUCUGGCAGGUGGGCAGCUCGGCCACUCUGGACCACGACACCUGGUUCGUCGGGUCAUUGCUGGCUUACACCUCGGUCUCGGCCAACGACGGCGCCUCUCUCGACGGACGCGCCCUUGCCGUGAACGGCGCCAUCACCUUAAUCAACAACGCCUUCACCUUUGCGGGGCUGCCCUUCGUUCUGGCUGGUCCCAGCGCAGGCGACGCCCAGUGCAACUCAGUCACCAACGUCACCAUUGGUGAGCUCACAGGCGACCUCAGCGCCACUGGGGGCGAUCCCUACCUGCUUACCAACACAGUGGUGGGCGGCGAGUGCUUCAGCGAGUCGGAGCUAGUCUUGGUGGCCCUGGCCACACCCUCCCUUCACCAUCGCAGUCGCCCUCGCCCUCGCCGACCCAGUCGCCUUCAAACACCCCUCACCCUCGCCCACGCAGUCGCCAUCGCCCUCGCAGUCGCCGACACCACCGCCGACCCAGUCGCUGACAAACUCGCCAUCGCCCUCGCAGUAGGUCACGCAGUCGCCAUCGCCCUCUCCAACCCAGUCACCAUCAAACACCCCCUCACCUACUCAGUUGACCUCAUCCUUGCUGACCCAGUUGCCGUCAAACACGCCCUCGCCCUCACCGACUCAGUCGCCGACAAACACGCCCUCGCCCUCACCAACGCAGUCACCCACACCCUCACCAACACAGUCACCGACCAACACGCCCACACCAUCCUCAACACUGUCACCUUCGAACACGCCCACGCCGACAACGUCCCCCUCCACUACUCCAUCUCCCACCAGCUCACCAUCCAGUUCACCCUUGAGCAUGACUACCCCAUUGGUCUUGUCUUCUUCCUCUUGGUCAUCCUCGCCCUUGUUGUUGCUGUCAAUCACGACCACUCAGUUGGCUUCGUUGUUGCCGUUGGCCUCUUGGUCAUCAUCUGA